AUGUCGCCUGUGCUCGUCAACAGCAGCAGUGGCCUGGUAACUGUUGUCGUUUGUCGUCUGUCGCCGCCGCUUCAACUGAGCGAUCUGUCAACGUCAACGCCACCCAAGAAGAAGCUCUCGAAAAAGGAGAAGGCACGUCUCGAGGCCGAGCAGGCCGAGCUGCUGCGCAUCGAAAUGGAAAAAGAGAAACUCAAGAAGCUGGAGGAGGCACGUCAGCGUAAGAAGCUCGAAAUGGAACAGGCCAAGCAUCGACAGCAACAAGAGGUGGCUGAGAACCGCUUGCGUCGUUCACAGUUGCGCAAUAGCAUGCAAUUUUUCGACGCCGUCCGCACCGCCAUCGAGGCCAUAAAGGCGGGUGAGCGCCACGAGCGGGACUGGCAGAAGUUUAUGCGCUGCAAUGGCCUGCCCAACUCCAGCAGUCCCAGCGAUUUGCGCAAAUACAUACACCAAUGGCACGCCGAUAUUGCCAAGCGCCAGUUGGAGUCACGCAACUGGCUGCUGCGAACCGAUGAGCGCACACUGCUCACGCAAGACGCGAACGUUCCGGACCUCACGCGAAUCUCAUUGCGCCAGCAGCAAGGUCGACUGGGCGAUGUCUAUGCGCAACGCAUUAAGGAGGUGUUGGGUAUACUGAACGAACUAGACGAGACACUGGAGGAGCGACAACUUCCGACUCAUGUGUGCGCAGAUCUAGAUAAACUGAAGACUGAGAUACGGGUUUUUCUCAAACAACAUCUGGAUGAAUUCACCUACAAGACAAUGUCGCACAUUGAUCGAGACAUGGAAAUCGAUCGGCCUGGUGUGGCAAAGCACAUUUACAGCUCGGAUGUGUUUCAAAGCUUCGUUUGGACCUUCUCCAAGGAUGCUCAAAUUGCCUUAAAUCCCAAAGCGCGUAUUGGUGAGCCCUCGGCGCACAACGAGAUUGAUUUUCCCACAAUUGAGAUGCUCAUCUCCCUGCCGCCCACCGUACAGCUGCAGAGCUCGGCGCUUCGAGGACUCUGGCUGAACUAUGACCACUUUAGUGACUAUUGCAGCAGUUAUCAGCUGAAGCAUGCACGCUCCGAAAAUGCUAACAUACUACGCCAAACUAAGCGCGAGUGGCGAAAACGCAAGGAAAUACUGCAGUCCAUGUUAGACGAAUGUGCCCGCGAGAUUCCGCUCUCCGAAUUGGAGCAGCUGACUCAGGAUCAGCACUCGGCCAGCUCCCAACAACCACGCGAGCGUAGCUACGACGUUGACAAACUCUAUGCCGAAUAUGAGGAUGAGUUGAACAAGGCACGGCGCCGUGCUAUUGGACCCGAGGCCUACGGCAUGCUCGAAACGGAUGUGAAUCUGCGUAAGUAUCGCAUCAUUGGGGGCGUCUAUUGCAUUGACUUUCUGGAGACGCCUCAGCAGGAUAAGCAGUUGAAUGCGCGCUCGUUUAUACGAACAAUUGCUGCUGCCAACAGUCUGUGCCACAAGGAUUACUACCAGACAUAUAAGCCCCCUCCGCCGGUACUGCCGGGGGUGCGUCGGCUGCCCGAAGAGAUCGAGGCCGAAAUGCGAAUGAUCGAAGCGGCACUAGACAAACUAGCUUUGGUCACUUUACAACUACCCGACUCUGUCAUAUGGUUCGAGCCCCCCGUCGCCUGCCGAUGGGAGACGCAUAUCGAGACACUGGAAAUGGAGCUGGCGGAUAGCGUUAAGCCGACAACAACAGCGCCCGCCGCUGCCACCACAGCUACGCCUACCGAGGCAACACCACUUUCUACCAACGCCAAUCCCAGUCCGCUGAAAAACUCACCCCGCUGUCCGGCCAAGCUUCGCAUCCGUCCGGCCGAGCAAAGCUCUCAAAAAUCAGAUGGCGCAUUGGCCGCUCUGCCCAUGCGCGAGAUCAGCGACUUCGAUAUGUGGGCCAUACCCGCCGAUGUGGAUCUCUAUGGCCUAGUGAAGGAUUUCGUGGUGCCGCGUCUGCCGCAGGGCUUUUGCGUGCGUCUCGAACAGCAUACGCCACAGGCGGGAAGGGAGGCACCUGUGCGUAAAGUCAUGUUUCUGGCACGGCAGAAGCACGUGAGCAUCGGUCAGGAUGUGACAGCGGAUGGGACAGUCAGUGCUCAGCCUGCAACAGCCUUAGAUGCUGGCAUCGGACCCAGCUUUAUGGAUAUGGACGAGCCUACUGAGCUCUUUCCCCCGCUCAGCUUCGAAAAGCUGCUGAAAUUUCGACAGCUUCAGGAAACUGCUGCUCCGCCCACAACCCUCAAGCACUGCUACCUCUUCUCGCAGCUAAUCGACGAUUUGGAUAGACUCUGGCGUCUGCAGCUACCGCGCGAGCAACAGGAGCAGGUGCUGCAGCAAAUCUCCGAGCAAUUGUCGCCAAACGGCUCACAGCAUGGGGACAGCGAACAACAGUCCCCUGAAGACGAUAUGAAGCCACUUAGUCAGGAGCUGGUGGAUGUGCUGCAGCCCGCAGCAGCAGCUGCCGCCUUCGCCUACUACACGGGCAUUACGUUUGUGCGUGACUCGGAAGCCUCGAGUGCCCAACAGGAUAGGCAAGAGAAGGGUAAAGGGGCUGCAAGCAGUAGCGACGAGGACGACCAGGACGACGAUGAUGAUGAUGAGGAUGAUGCAGAUAGCUUUGCGGGUUUUCUACAUGAUGCACCUGGUGGAGUAGGAGGCGGCGAGUCGACAGCGGGUGCCAGUCUGCAAGAGUUUCUCAGCAAGCACAGCCAAAGCGAAACGACAGAGAGCGAUGGGUGGCAGAAACUGAGCAACGAGGCAGCCAUCACACAGGGAAAAUGGAGCACUCGCGACGUACACGAUACCAAGUUCAAUGAGGACAAGCUUUCCAUACAGUUUCGCACUGGACGCUUGGGCAUUUUUGGCUUUGCAUUAAACAAAUAUAGUAAUAUGCCCUAUCAGACCUGGGAUCUGCGACCUGAUAUGAAAAACCCGGGAAACAUUCUCUUUAGUUUCACCGCCUCGCUAAUCAGCCUGGAUAUGACCAUCAAUGAGGCCGGCUACACGGUGCACAACUUCCAGGGCGGCAGUACGCAGGGCAUCACAGACAUGCUCGGAAAAACAAUGUCUCUGGCGGAGCUGAAGGCAACACUCAUACUAUCGGCCGUGGACAUAUUUCCGGACGAGGACGCCUUUUGCUAUACAGAGGGCUCAUGCGAGAAGAACUAUGUGAUGGAGAUGCAUGCCUAUGCGUGCAUCUCCACAUUGGCGCUGUCCCACAAUUUCAGCUGGUCACGCUGGAAUCUGUUGGCCGGCUCCCGGACCGCUGUGCUGCUCAUCCGGGAGCUAAUCGAGGGCAAGAAGGUGCCAUACUACUCCACACUGCUUGUCACGCCCCUGAAGACAUCCAUCAUCGAUUGCACGGAAGUGUCCGCCAGCUUCAAUGCCGUGGGCAUUGCUGGCAUGGAAUAUUAUGCGGAUCUCUAUCAGCUUUCACAAGCACAUGCCCAACCUGUUAGCUUAGAGAAGCAGAGAACGAUGAGCCCCGUGUUGAGGGACAAUGUAGCGCGCAUUUUGAUGGCCAUAAGGCCGCUGAGCUUUUGCUGA